AUGGCAACAUUACAGCAGGAAAGGAAGUACCCACUGGGGAAGAUUGAGCCCAACUCGCUCAAGUACUUCGGUGCUUGUACGAUGGGUGGAAUUAUCGCUUGCGGCCCGACACACACCUCAGUAACACCGCUCGAUCUUGUGAAAUGCCGACGACAAGUUGACCCCAAAAUCUAUACUUCAAACAUCUCCGCAUGGCGCUCGAUUAUCUCGAAGGAAGGCCUCCGUGGUGUCUUCUUUGGUUGGUCCCCGACAUUCGUUGGAUACUCCUUCCAGGGGGCCGGUAAAUACGGCUUCUACGAAUACUUCAAGUACCUAUACGGCGACAUGUUCCCCAACACAAACCGCACGGUUGUGUACCUAGGUGCAAGUGCCUCCGCCGAGUUCCUCGCGGAUAUGGCCCUUUGCCCGUUCGAGGCAAUCAAGGUGCGCAUGCAGACGACAUUACCACCGUACGCAAGUACCCUGCGCGAGGGCUGGGGUAAGAUCGUUGCGAAGGAGGGCAUGUCGGGCCUGUAUAAGGGAUUAUACCCGUUGUGGGCGAGACAGAUCCCGUAUACGAUGACGAAGUUCGCAACUUUCGAGGAGACGGUUAGCAUGAUCUAUAAGACGCUGGGAGGGCCCAAGGAGAGCUACAAUACCCUUCAGCAAACGGGAAUUAGUUUUGCGGGUGGUUAUAUCGCUGGUAUCUUUUGCGCGAUUGUCAGCCAUCCAGCGGACGUUUUGGUAUCAAAGUUAAAUGCUGAUAGAAAAGCGGGUGAAUCGGCUGUGUCGGCCGUCUCUCGAAUCUAUGGGAACAUUGGUUUCCCAGGGUUAUGGAAUGGCUUGCCAGUGCGAAUUCUAAUGCUUGGAACUUUGACCGGUUUCCAGUGGCUGAUGUGA